GGAGGGUUAACCUGGGCACGGCGCGGAGGGGGGCGGGGCGCGCCCGGACAUCCCUGCUGGCCUCGCCCCGCAGCCAUGGCCGCCGGCGCCGCGCGGCCCCCCGGCCGUCCCCGGGCGCAGAUGCCGCAUCUAAGGAAGAUGGAGCGGGUGGUCGUGAGCAUGCAGGACCCCGACCAUGGCGUGAAGAUGCGGAGCCAGCGCCUGCUGGUCACCGUGAUUCCCCACGCGGUGACAGGUCGCGACGUCGUGCAGUGGUUGGCCCAGAAGUUCUGCGUCUCGGAGGAGGAGGCCCUACACCUGGGCGUCGUCCUGGUGCUGCACGGCUACAUCUACCCGCUGCGCGACCCCCGCAGCCUGGUGCUCCGGCCGGAUGAGACGCCCUACAGAUUCCAGACCCCGUACUUCUGGACAAGUACUCUGUGGCCGGCUGCGGAGCUCGACUAUGCCAUCUAUCUGGCCAAGAAGAACAUCCAAAAGCAGGGGGCCCUGGUGGACUAUGAGAAGGAGUGCUAUGACCGGUUACACAAGAAGAUCAGCCACGUGUGGGACCUGGUGCUGAUGCAGGCGAGGGAGCAGCUGAGGGCAGCCAAACAGCGCAGGAAGGGGGAUAGGCUGGUCAUUGCGUGCCAGGAGCAGACCUACUGGCUGGUGAACAGGCCCCCGCCCGGAGCCCCCAGUGUGCUGGAGCAGGGUCCAGAGCGGGGAUCCUGCACCGCCAGCCAUGUGCACAUGACCAAGACUGCAGAUUUCUAUAAGCGGGAGAUCGAAUACUGCAGGAGAGCGCUGGGCAGGACCCGAGUCAAGUCCUCUGUCUGCCUUGAGGCGUACCUGAGUUUCUGUGACCAGCAUGGACCCCACGACCCCCUCGUGUCGGGGUGCCUGCCCAGUAAUCCCUGGAUCUCAGAUGACGACGCCUACUGGGUCAUGAACGCCCCCACGGUGGCUGCCCCCACGAAGCUCCGUGUGGAGAGAUGGGGCUUCAGCUUCCGAGAGCUUCUGGAGGACCCCAUGGGGCGGGCCCACUUCAUGGACUUUCUGGGGAAGGAGUUCAGUGGAGAAAACCUCAGCUUCUGGGAGGCGUGUGAGGAGCUUCGCUAUGGCGCACAGGCCCAGGUCCCCACCCUGGUGGAUGCCGUGUACCAGCAGUUCCUGGCCCCCGGUGCUGCCCGCUGGGUCAACAUUGACAGCCGGACCAUGGAGCGGACCCUGGAUGGGCUGCGCCAGCCCCACCGCUACGUCCUGGACGAUGCCCAGCUGCACAUAUAUAUGCUUAUGAAGAAGGACUCCUACCCACGGUUCCUGAAGUCCGACAUGUACAGGGGCCUCCUGGCAGAGGCUGGGGUCCUGCUGGAGAUGAAGAGACGCAUGUUCCCGUUCACAAGGAGGCCACGGCGCUCCAGCCCCAGCCCUGCACUCCUUCCCACCCCUGUGGAGCCCACAGCGGCCAGUGGCCCUGCGGGUGGAGAUGGGGUGGCCUAGUGGACCCGGCCCCUGACUGCCACCUCUAGUCCCUGCACCUCAGCAUCCUGCGUGAACGCGGCAGCAACCCCGCUCCCAGCCCAGGUCCUGGUGGCUGCUGAACCCAGCACGGCAUCCCCUUGUGCCCAGAGGGCCCAGUCCUGCUGUGGGGUGCACAUCCUCCCUCCCCCUGGGAAGCCCUCCCUGCCCAGAAGGGAUGUGUCCAGGUGCCGAUUCCCAGGGAGGGGUUUCACUGGCCCAGCUUGGGUUAGGGCAGCACCUGCUACCUGGAGAGGUGAGACCGGGGCUGCACGGAGCUCCACCUUCUCUGGUCUUCAGUUCAGCACUGGGUGCCCAUGCCCAUCUCUAAAGCCAGUAAAUCAACAGCAAAUACCUGGAAGCAAGAUGCACAGAUGGGUGGCUUCCCACUCACCCGUCAUGAGAGUUGGACACACAGGUCUCGGGACGCACUCUGUCCCGUCCAGGAGCCUCUCUGCUGUCACCCAGUGUGACCCUGGAAGGGGACCCGGGAGAGCCUGCGUUGAGCUCCCUGCCUUCUGGUGAACUGUGCGUGCUCCUCCCUCACCGAAUGUGCUACAGAAUCUGUCCACAGGUGCACCAGCACCUGUUUUUCCACUUCCAGGCCACAGCUUCCCCACCAGACUUGUACACAGACAACUCUGACACUGUCAUCCCACUGACAAUGCAGCCCCUAAUUCCAUAGGGUGGAUCCUUGCCAGGUGUAACUGAUCCUCCCUGCCCAAGCCUUCCUUUGUGAGCUGGCAUUGCUCCCAGCCUCCCAAGUACCCCACCACUCCUCUAGACUGGGCGAAGGUACGGCUGGUUGCUUUCAGGGGUGCAGCUUCAACCAUCUCCGCAGUGGAGGGGGUGCCACCCCCACCAGUAGGCUGGCUCACACCCACUUGCUUCCAACAGCUUCCAGCAUACAAAUAAAAGACCUUGGGCCCU